UGCAGCUGGAAGCUCAUUGGUCCGACUCCCGGAAGUGUCCCAGUCUCAAACAAAAGUAAUCAACAAGUGAGCUCGCGUGUUUUUUUUUUAUCUCACUUGGAAAGAGCAACAUGGAAGCUGGUAAAACUUCAGCUUCGUCAGAGGCGAAAGACUUCGGCAAGGCUCUCUGCAUCAUAACAGGAGCAUCCAAAGGUUUCGGAAGAUGUCUUGCUAAAGAAAUAUCAGCUCUCCUAAAACCGGGCUCGGUGCUCAUCCUGGUUGCCAGAUCUGGAGAAAAGCUGCAGGAACUGGACGAGGAUUUAUCCUCGGAUAGUGAUGGAUUGGUUAUCCGCUGUGUGGUCGCAGAUCUGGGGCAGAAAGAUGGAGUGGAACGAGUUAUAAUAGAAGCCAGAAAGACACCAAGCUCUGAUAUCAACAGCCUCUUCCUGUUUAAUAACGCAGCUUCACUGGGCGAUGUUUCACGCUACGUCCGAGGUUUCACUGACAUGGACGAAGUGGACAGGUAUCUGUCGAUGAACGUGAGCUCAGCGCUGUGCUUGACUGCUGGGAUCCUGCAGGUGUUCCCGGGUCACGUGGGUCUGCGCCGCUGUGUGGUGAACGUGAGCUCUCUGUGCGCCCUGCAGCCUUUUCCCUCCUGGGUGCUCUACUGCACAGGGAAAGCGGCACGUGACAUGAUGUUCCGCGUGCUGGCCAAGGAAGAGCCUGAGCUCAGGGUUCUCAGCUAUGCUCCAGGACCUCUGGACACAGAUAUGCAACUCCACGCCCGAUCUAACACAGCGGAUGACAAUAUUAGGAAGUCGACGACAGCAAUGCACGCUGAGGGCCGCCUACUGACCUGUGAAGAGUCUGUAGGGAAGCUGAUAAAGGUCAUGUUGAAGGAUGACUAUGCAUCUGGAGCUCAUCUAGACUUUUAUGAUUUGUAAAUGCAUUCCUGUAACAUUUCUAAGAGAUGCAGUAUUACCACAGACAGAUUUGGUAUCUGUUCCUGUACCAGCAUUAAAGUUUUCCUUAUUUAUAGAGUUGCUCUCAUUAAGGUGGUUAUGUGCAUAUUUUCAUUUUGGUUGCAAUUACAAAAUGACAUCUUUCAUCAGUCAUUAACCUUAUUUUUAGUAUUAUAUGAUCCAAAGGCCACAUUAUUUACCAUUUUUGUCAGAUUUUGAUAGUAAUUUCAAAUCCAUGUUUAAAAGUUCUUCUUAUCAAGCUGUUUCUUAUUUGUUUAAUUUUUCUUAUUUAGUUAUAUAGGACCCUGGCCAUGUAUGACUGAAAAAUAACUGACCAGAAUCAUAGCCAAAAUGCCUGCUGAGUAAACAAACAUUACUAGAAGGAUUUUGAUCUCACUACAUUUCUACACAAGCUAGCUUGCUACUCCAAUGUCAGUUAGCUUUUAAGUAUACUUUCCAACACACCAUUCUUUAUUCAGUAUGAACUGUCUUACUACUCUAUUGUUUGCUAGCUUACUACCCUAAUGCUAGCAAACCUAGCUUCUGGAUUGAAUUACAGAAUCUAAUAAAUAGCCUAAUUAGUGAGCUAGCUUCCUAAUAUUAUUUAGCUUGCUAGCAGACUUGGCUACUGGUUCUAAUCACAGAAUAGUUACUUUCAGGUUUAUUGUCAUGCAAUUAAAUCACAUGUUCACAUUACAAACAGUAAACACAAACAUACAUUAUCUACAUAUUGCACAGUUAGUUAGCCAAAUGCUAGCUAGCUUACUACCCUAAUAUUAGCUAGCUUGGAGGAAAACUUUGCUGCUGGUUUAAAUACACAAUAUAAUAUUAAUCCUUGUAUUAGUUAGUUUCUUAGUGUAAAUAUACAUAAUAUAAUAGAUACUCUUAUGGUAGGUAAUGUUUUGGUCAAUUUUGUUAGCUAGCAAAGUAAAAAGUGCUCUUUCGCUCUGCAAAAUGAGGAGCUGCCAAGUCUUAUACAAAUCUUCUAUUUGUUGGAGUUUAUUGGAAAAAAUUGCUAAGUAGAUUUUUUAAAAAGUUGCACCCGAAAUCAAUCUAAAGUUGUGGUAUCAGUGCAUUUCUAACCUAGAUUAAACCAAAUAGUGACAUUCCUAAUUCUGUUGAUGUAAAUCAUGUAAUCUGUAGCUGAUGUAAGUGUCUUCUGUAAUUUGUAGUUGCAUUAUUGUGAUUUUGUGACUUGCAAUGUCCUUAAAUGUAAUAAAGGUGCCUUAAUUUA